AUGGACCAGCCCAUGGAGGUCGACGACAGCAUGAACACCACCAUCGCUGCCUCAACCGUUGGCCCGCUGCCCGACAUGCACAACAAUGGCUACGGGAAUGGCUAUGGGAACGGCGACCACCGACCGCAGACAUCGUACUCGGACACGUCCUUCAGCCACCACUACUCGCAGACAAACCCGGAAGCGCAGUACAGUUCGCGCUUCAACACUCCGUCCGACGCAGACACCCCGCCGCGACAUGGCUACUACAACGGCAGUGGGAAGGAGACGCAGAUGGGGCAGCCGCACUCGCGGCCGAACUCGAAUCUAGGUCAUCGGUAUCCGCAUUCGGAAGGCGGCGCCCGGUCGGUCACCUACCAGGAGCAGAACCAGCGGAACUCGCAGGGACAGCAGGAAGCUGCGACCAAGAAUACCAGCGUUGUGAUCAAGGUCGGCAUGGUGGGUGAUGCCCAGAUCGGCAAGACAAGUCUGAUGGUCAAGUACGUCGAGGGCAGUUGGGACGAGGACUACAUUCAGACAUUAGGUGUUAACUUCAUGGAGAAGACCAUAUCAAUCCGGAAUACGGAGAUCACCUUCUCCAUCUGGGAUCUCGGAGGCCAGCGCGAAUUCGUCAACAUGCUUCCGCUGGUCUGCAACGAUGCUGUUGCCAUAUUGUUCAUGUUUGAUCUAACCCGGAAGAGCACUCUCAAUUCGAUCAAGGAGUGGUACCGCCAAGGACGAGGGUUCAACAAGACGGCCAUCCCGUUUUUGGUGGGAACAAAGUACGACCAUUUCGUCAACUUCCCCCGAGAAGAGCAGGAGGAGAUCUCCAGUCAGGCAAAACGAUUCGCAAAAGCAAUGAAAGCCAGCCUCAUCUUCAGCAGCACAAGUCACAGCAUAAACGUGCAGAAGAUCUUUAAGAUUGUCCUAUCCAAAGCAUUCGACCUGAAAUGCACUAUACCCGAAAUAGAAAAUAUAGGAGAACCGCUCCUGCUCUACCAAUCCGUCUAG